CCAGGCUGAAUGCUCGCCUGCAGCUUGAUGUCAUCGCCCAGGACAUUUAAACAGCUUUGUUCUGAGUGAAUGUUUCGGAGGUUGGAGGAGCAGGAAGUCAGAAGAUGGACCCGGACAAUAACUCCACUUCCCUGGUGGAGAGGACCCUGUGGUCCGUCUGGUAUUAUAUAACCGGAGCAGUGAACAGACUUCUCCGUCCAGAGCCCACGACCCCCGAGUACAAUGACCACGACUCCUUCCAGCAACCUGCAGCUGACAGUGAACCUGCUGACAGCCGUCAACCAGACUCCGAGGGACAGGGUGUCGAUGAAGAACGGCCUCUUGCGACGACCUCUCUGCUUAGUUCUCCGAGGUCGGUUGUUGUCUGGGAGCUUUGCAGCACAGGUGAUGACCUCGGGCUCGAGGAAGAAAUCAUGCAGUACCGAAGCCAACAGAGUGGAGGCCCUGAGAGCAAAGCAUCUGAGGAGGCUGAGGUCACCAGAGAGGAACAGCUCGGCCAAACAGGAACUGAUGAUGCAAGGUUGGUUAAAGCUGCAAGAGAAUACAAAGAGGUAGAGGAUGGUGAUGAGAAAUGUUUCCCUCACGGACAAGAAGAGACGACAGAGAAUGACGGCCCUUUAAAUAUAACAGUAGAUGACAUGAGUGAAGAGCUGAGGGGAAAUGGAAGACAGGCCGGUGCUGAGGAGGAUGACCACGGAAAAGUGGAUGAAAAGGGGGAAGAUGAUAAAAUGCACCUUGAACAUGAACCAACUUUGGAGAUGGAAGAUGCUGAGAUAACGUUGUGCUUGAGGACAGAUCUCAGUCCAGAAGAGGAGCGUUACAUGCACAGAGAAGAAGCAAGGCUGCUGAGGGAUGCAGCGGGAGAAGGAAAAAACCGUGAUGGGUUGUCACAGCUGGGCUCGGAAAUCAGAAUCGCGUACGAUGAGGGGAGAACACAAGUCAAACAUCAGUUACUCGUCUGUGAGGAGCUCUCGGAAAAUGACAGAGAAGUCAAGGGAGACCCAGGCUCUUCCUCGCUGGAGGAUGAAUUAACUUUGACCUUCGUAGAAAGUGGUAAAGAGUCAGAGGGCGUUGGACAUGAGCACGUGAUGGGGGAGCUGGGUGAGGACGAAGAGGAGACUGCAGACCACCAGGCGAUAGAUGAAGAGUUUUUUACUGAACAGGCUGCAUGUAAUGAAGAAGUUGUGCAGAAUUCUGAAGCAGAGCUGCAAACAGCUGAAGUUAGAGAUACAGAAAAAGAGGAUGUGGCCAAAUACAUCGAAGUGCAAACCAUAAAACCAGAGACGGAUGAUGUGAAUGAUGAAAAAUUGAAAGUGGCAACAACAGACGUUUCAGUGGAGGAGAGAUUUUUUGAUAAGGAUCAAACAGAAGUGGAGAGUUUUUCCAGUGAAGUGCAAGACAAAGAAAGUAACAUGGAAGCAGCAUGUACGACCGCUUUAGUUACAGUAAUACCCAAAGGCCAAACUGGACAGGAAAUAAGCGGAGAAAAUAUUCCCCCGGGGGAAGGCGAAGGCCAUGCCGUUGUGGUGGAGGAGCUGCAAUCUCCGACCAGCCAGGGAACACAAGGGGGAGUUCCUGACUACAACAAUGAGCCUGGGCCAGAUGAAAAUACAACACAAAGGUUCCUGGAAGUAGGAAAUUACAAGGAAAGCAAUGCCACCCUAUUACCAGAAGAGGUGGAGAGCAAAGAGUGGGAGAACCUUCAAAACAGUGGCACUGGACGUGGGUUUUCCCCAGUGAGGGAGCAUAAGAAGGAGGAACGAGACGGAACAGAAGAUUUUAAGAAGGAGGAUACAAAGAUACUGCAGCUUACAGACGCUGGAUUACCACAAGAGACUGAGGAGACGAUUGUUGAACCAGAAAUCGAAGGAUCAGGACAGAAAGACGAGACAUUCUCGAGCUCGAUGAGGACGAGGAUCGGAGAGUUAGAAGAAGAAUUUGAGACCCACGUUGGUGCAACAGAGGAGACUCCUAAGAAAACAGAAGAGCAGGAUGGAACUGAAGAGCUGCUGGUUGACUUUGAAACUCAUGAAGAUUUAAGUGGAACCAAAGAAGCUGCAGGAGGCGACGGGGAAACGACGGGAGAAGCUUUGAAAACCCUCAAGGCUGAAGAACAGAGGAUGACAGAGAUGAGUUUCUAUCAAGUGUCAGGAGAUGCUGAGCAAAACAGUAUAAAGACUCUGGAUUUCAAAGACAUUAUCGAACCUGGAUUUGUGAAACAAUUGGACGAGCCUAAGUUACCUGAAGGUAGUAGUGUAGAAAUGCACGAUGCAGAGAUAGAUAUGGAGGAAACUGGCUCUGGAGUUGAGGAGCAGGGAACAGAAGAUGAAAUGGAGAUCAAGAAUGAGAUGGAAGCUUUAAAUCUGGCAGCUGAGCUAACUUCUGAAAACAACAAAAAUAUUUGGCUUGCAAAAUCGGAAUUAACGACACCAGACGAGUCGCUGGACAGUAAAAAUCAACCGUCAGACGAAGCAUCUGAGGCGAGUGCUGCAGCAGAUCAAUUGAUGACAAUCAAGGGCAAACCAAAGGAUUUGGAUGUGAUAGGAAAGGAGGAAAUGGAAAAACUUGGGGCCGAAUCAGAGGAGAGCUCCUUCAGUAGAUCUCAAGACCUGAUUGAUGAGGCCAUCCUUGAUUUGUGGAUAGAGACAGCAUCGCUCAAGGACGGAGACGGAAUGGAACAACGUGAAGGGCCUGAACCCGGAGGACCUCUGGUCAAAGAGAGAGAGGAGCAAUCGGAUGAGACAGAGGAGGAGAACGAGAAGCUUGUGGAGUCGAUGUCAGGAGAAUCUGGAUUAGUGAGCGACACAGAAAUGUCUCCAUCAGCAGCAGAGUCUGAAGUAUUGGACCAGUCUGUCAGUGGAUGGAGUACAGACCACAGUGAGUCCCAUCUACUGGAGUCAACAAGCUCUGGGUCCCUUCAGGACAUCAUGGACUUGUUCGCUGGUGCAUUAGAAUCAGCAGACGUCUCCGAACUGUCUACACUGCAGCCUGACUCUGAAUCUCAGGAUGUAUCGUUGGAGGAAGCAGCGGAAACGGGGCAGUCGGAUCUGACAGAGGAGGAAUCGACCCAUGAGACAGGAUUUCACCCUGGAUCUGGAAUCAUAUCACUAGAGGCUGGAUGUUUCACAGUGAGAUCGGAUCAAUCUCAAGACAAAACAGAUGAAGAACAGGUUGAAUCAGCAGAGAGUGAAACUGGAAAACAGAGAGAGAUCGACUGGAAACACUCUGGAGAAGAAGAUCCUGAGACUCUUUACACAGAAGAGAAAACUGAAGAUGCAGAUGCACCUGGUGAGGCAGCUGCGUCUGACUCUCCAGGUGAAACUGAACACGCUGAGUCAGGACGACCUGGAAGUGGCUCAGAGGUUUUGUUACAGGACCAAAUCACGGGGACGGAUUCAGAAGAUGUCACCUUUGAUGAGAAGUUGGAGCAACCACAGGACACCGCGUGGUGGGAGGAUAUCGCUGAGGGAGCAGAAGAGCCAACAGCAACUCAGGUGGACGGGUCUGCUCUGGACUUCACCCCACAAAAGUCGAGGAUUGCUGUGAAGAACCCUCGUGUCAGGCCGCCCUCAGAUCCCCGCUCCUUGCUGCACAUGCCCUCAGCGGAUCCCACGCCCUCCCCGCGGCUUCCAGUCAAAGUCCCUCGAGGUGUGCCUUUGGGAGGCAUGGGCAUCGGGAUGAAACUGCCAGGCCUUGGCGCAGGUUUCCCCGCUUUGAAAAAGACCAAGCGUGUGAUGACGGAAGAAAAAAGCUCAGACACCUUUUCACAGGAACCUGAGACAAAGACUGAGGAGCAGAGUGACGCCAUCAAACAAGACGAGGAAAAACCCAAACCUAAAUGGAUGCCACCUCGACAUCCAGGAUUUGGAAAUCCCCUCAUGUCUGAGCUGAAGAACAAACUGAGGAAGCCCACAAACGAGUGAUGAAGAUGAAUGGUGUGAAGAUUUGAUGAUAAUGUACAAAUGGAUUUAUUUUUUGUUGUAUUUGUCAAACUGGAUAAAGUGAUGAGAUGUUCGUCGUGUCGUGUUUGAGUUUUAUAAUAAAGCUUCAGUGAAAAAGAAACUUGUUUAAUGAGAAGUAGUUAAUGAGGACUUCUCUUUCCAUGGAGACAGCAGGUGGCAGUGCUGCUCUUUCCUCUAUGAACACCGCUCACAGUGCACACGAAGAAGAAGUGAUCGGGCUCUUACUGUUAAUUCCAUCCAAUUGGUUCGCUCAUGGGCCGAAGCAUCAUGGGGCUUCAUUUGCUCUACUGCGCCAUCAAGUGGACAUUAAAUGUAAAUGUAAUU